UGAUAUCAACCAAUAUUUGAUAAAAUAUAAAAGCAAUAAAAUAUGCUGACUGCUAACGGAUCAUUUUCGCUCGGAAUCAUUUUGCGUAUGCAACGAUUGAAUUUAAAUUUAACACAUCCAUUACUGCAAUGACCUACUCAAUGAAGAGGUAUACUACUAGACAUCUACAGUAAAGCGGUUACUAUAUUUUUGAUUGUUUUAUUGUAGUAUUUUUGUUUUUAAUUUAAUGUUAAAACUAUAUUUGAUGACUAUAUAACGUAAAUUUUCUUUUUCUGUUAAGGCCAGAAUUAAUUAUGUACAUAACGCAUUCAAUAUUACAGACUAUCAUUUUUAUCGCUUAAUAAGGGUCGGUCCUAUUUGGUAUUUUAAUUAUUAUCGCGUAGAUUAUGAUAGUGCUAUAUCAAUUAGUAUUGUAUACAUUUUUAAAUUGACUUUAUAGCUUUUAUUAUUAAUCGUAUUAUUAAAUGGGUAUGCGUAAAAACAACAAUUAACAGGGCGUUUGUUUUUGUUUUUUAGUUGAAAAUAAUUUUAAAAUAACACAUCGUUCAUAAGUUGUUGUUGUUUAACAUCAUUUUGGGGUAGCAUUGAAAUAUUUUAUAUUGUAAUAAUAUAUACCUAAAGGCCGUGCCCAGAUACAAGUAUAUAGGUACUUGCUUACCAAUAAAAAUUUUAAAGUUUAGGAAUACGACGUCGACAGCAGACUAGCGCCGGUACACAAUAAUUAUUAAUACCAUACCGUAAACAUGUUCGGGUAAUUUUUUAAUAUUAUAUAAGUUAUAUUAAUCACACUAUAUCUAUAACUCAUUAUAGCUGUAAAUCGAAAUUUGAUGAUCGAACGCUGUGAGCCAUGACGAGCUGCUUGAACAGCUGGUAAAGUAAAUAAAAGAUCUUAUUGGUACUCGAUUCAUAGCAGCGUAUUAGGUAUACUAUGUUUGAACCGACCGAGCGAUACUUGACCGCUAUCCGACUACCGAAUGCUAUCUUUCUAAAGCGGUCAAUACCUACGAUUCUUUUUAUGUUUCAUUUUAUAUGAACACACCUAAGAGUUCGGGUCCGCGAACUAUUACAAUAAGUCGACUGCACUGUCGCGAAGCAUAGCAGCCGGACAGGACGCGCGCGAUCAUGCGGUGCGGACGAUUCGGACGGCGCGCCGUCGUGUCGGCGGCCAUGGCCGCGAUGGCCGCCAUGUGCGCGUUCAACUUCGUGCUGACGCCCUACUUCGAGUGUCUACUGGACGGGGAAAGCUGCGACGAGCACGUGUCGUUCAUGGCCGGCAUAUACGCGAGGUCGGUGAGCGUCACGUGCCUGGCCGCGGUGGCGGUGGCGUGGCGCAAACACCGCGGCGCCGUGGCCGCGUACACGGAGCGCAACGAGCUGCACGACGCGUACAGGACCGCGCCGGCCACCGGGGACGGGCGGCCGCGGUACCUCGGCCACGCGACGUUCGGCGCCGUCGUGUUGUACACGUCGAUGGCGCUCAUCCUGCCGGUCAACGCGUUCCGGCUGUACCGGUUCGUGUCCGACGACCGGCCGGUGGCCGUCAUGGUGUACUUCGCCCUCAUGUACUCGCAGAACCUGUACGCGUGCCUGUACGAGACGCACUUCGUGCGGCUGUUCUACGCGCUGUACACGAGGUUCGCGGACCUCAACGCCGAGAUGGAGGCCGUCGGCGAGUGGAUCGUGGACGGCCGGGCGCAGGCGCAGGCGCGCGAAGAACCGCCGCCGCCGCCGCCCGGCGGCCGCGGCGCCGGUUGGAUACCGUACGACGGCGACGACGACGACGGCCGGCCGUCGCACCUGUACUUCUCGGCGGCCACCGGACAGCCGCUGGUCGACGCCGUCGAACGGUUCCGGUUCCGGCACCGGCUGAUCCGCGAGGCCGUGGACGCGCUCAAGCCCGCGUUCGCCGUGCCCAUAGGCCUGGCGCUGUGCAACCUGUGCGUGAUGGCCCUGUUCGACGUCUACUACCACCUGAAGAACUCGGUCGAUCAGCCGGCCGGCGACAUGGCCACCAUGUACAUAUUCAUGUGGCUCAGCCAGUACACGUUCCGGUUUUUCGUCGUCACCAUGACGGUGGACGCCACUGUGAAACAGGCCAGUUAAUAUAUUAUAAUAUUAUAAUAAUAUCGUAAACAGUCGACGACGUAUAAUAUGCGGGAAAUCAGUGUAUAGACUUUCGUCGGGAGACUUGAUCUCGCAAAAAGCUUUCGAGCGAUAUCUCUACCCCCUUUAAAAACUAAUAAGAAUACAUAAUACUGAUAUUAUUCUACUCUAAAACUUUGGUCCAAACCGCUACUGUCAAAAUUGAAAAAAACAAAUUAUA